UAGAAGCUGUUCAGGGUCUGCUACAAUAGCAGUCCCAUCAGCUGCUGUGUUAAGAUCUUUCUCUAUAGUUAUCCUUAAGAUUUCAGAUUUUCUUUUGUAGGAGAACCCCGAAUCAUUUUCGGGGGGAGGGAGCUGAUCAGCAUCGGGAGUUAGGGUUCCCCUUAUCUUUGUCUUCAGUGGGAUCCAGCUUUUCAACUCCAUUCAAAAACAAAUCUCACCAGACCCUCGCUUUCUGUUUGAGUAGGGAGGGGGCUGGACAAUAUUUCUCUUCCCUCCAUGGUGAUGAAGGCUUUUUUCAACUGUUAAAAGGAUCCUGUUGCCUUAAAGGAAUGAGAAGGAAAACUAAACCGUGAGAUUAAAAAGAAAGUAUCAUUGGACAAAGUGGAAUUAAAAGCUAAAUUGUAAAUAAUAUUAGAUAUUUUAUCUAUUGUCUUGAGGACAUGGAAAACCAGGCAGUGGAACUCGCAAAGCAGGAGAAAGAUCUGGAUCAAAACACACAAGACCUCAGAGAUUAUGCAGAUGAAAAACAUGUACAGAAGACCUCACCAGAGCCCCUAACACAUGACGCAGACUCCCGGCUAGAUGUUGGUCCUGUAAGAACAAAGACACAAGAAGAUCCAGACUGCUCCUCAUUUGUGGCCCAUGAUCAUAUCUCUCCCCAAAAGACUGAGGGGCCCAGCUAUCUCUCCACAACUGCUGACCCAGUAUUUCCAACACAAACUGAAGUGCCCUGCAGUACAGCGCCUGAAGGCCCCCGGUUACCCCCCGAGGGUCACUGUUCUUCCCCACUCACUGAAGAAAUAAGUACAUCACCAAUACCAGAGGGUCUCAAAUCACCAAAAGAAGAGCACAUUUUAAAUUGUGAUGGAUCUCCUCAACCCACGGCCCCAUCUCCUACUGCUGUGACAAGUCCACGUCAAAAAUUAGACACUCAGAAAGCAGAACAGAGACAGAAACAGGCGAAAGAAAGGCGAGAAGAACGAGCUAAAUAUCUGGCUGCCAAGAAAAAUGUCUGGCUGGAGAAAGAGGAAAAGGCGAAGCAGCUGCGAGAGAAACAGCUCCAAGACCGAAAGAAGAAGCUGGAGGAGCAGAGGCUGAAAGCCGAGAGGAAGCGCAUCUUGUUAGAAGAACGCCAGAGGUUAAAGCAAGAAAAGAACAAGGAGAGAUAUGAGGCUGUGGUCAACAGGAACACAAAGAAGACGUGGGCAGAGAUUCGCCAACAGCGGUGGUCAUGGGCAGGAGCACUAAAUCAGAACUCUCCAGGCAACAGAAGUGCAAACAGAUGUUCAGUGUCUGCUGUAAACCUUCCCAGACAUGUUGAUUCUAUAAUCAACAAGAGGUUAUCUAAAUCAUCUGCAACUUUAUGGAACUCUCCAAAUAGAAAUCGUAGCCUUCAGCUCAGUCCCUGGGAGAGCAGUAUAGUGGACCGGCUUAUGACGCCAACCUUAUCUUUCCUCGCUAGGAGUCGUAGUGCUGCCACUCUUCCAGGAAACGGUAGAGACCUGAGUUCCCUUGUGUGUCCUCGCUCUGCAUCAGCAAGCCCCCUGACUCCCUGCAACGGUCACAGGCACCGCUGUUCAGACCGGCGAAAGACCAUAGCCAGCAGUCCUGAUGUGACCCCAAGGAAGAGGAGAGAUUCAUCCCCGAAAAAGAAAGAAAAGAAAGAGAAAAACAGAGAGAAUGAACGGGAAAGGAAUGCUCUGAGUAGGGAACGUGUGCUAAAGAAGCGUCAGUCUUUGCCUAAUACCAAGACUCCUCUGUCUCCAACACCUAACAUCAGUUUCAAGUCUAAAAAACGUCCAUCUUCACCCUCCACUCCCACCCGCCGCACAGCUUCACCAAGCCCGGGUACCUCAGGGCCACUUACCCCAAAGGCCCCAUCACCUAAGAGUACACCAGUGAUGAGGAGCAAGUCCAAGGUAGACAAGCCCAAAGAGGAGAAAACUCCCAGCAAAAUCAAAGAGAAGAAGGUGGAGAAAGAGCGACAACCAUCACCAGCUCCCCAACUGGAUGAUUCAAUCAAUGUACAGCCAGAAGCAGAAAGCACUCCCACUGUUACACCAAUAAGUACAGAUCGAGCAAUUACUCCACCGGCCACGGUCAUCACUCCUGCGCCAUCUACCCCAGCUCCCAUUCCUCUGCCAGCCGUCACUCAGUCACCAGCGCCAUCCCCCAGUAAGCCCAUGGCGGGCACCACAGACAAAGACGAAGCCGCUCGUCUGCUAGCAGAAAAGAGGAGACAGGCCCGAGAACAAAGGGAGAGGGAAGAAGAGGAAAGAAGGGAGCGAGAGGAAAAGGCGAGACAAGCACGGGAGGAGGCCGCUCAGAGGGCGGCUGAGGAGAGGCUGCAGAGGGAGGCAGAGGCCAGGCUCCUUGAAGAACAGCGGAGAAAGGAGGAAGAGGAGAGGCGACUUCUUGAGGAGGAAAAAGAAAGGAGAGAAGCCGAGGAGAAAGCCAAAGCAGAAAAGGAGGAGAUGGAGCGCCUACAGAAACAGAAGGAGGAAGCAGACACCAAGGCCCGUGAAGAAUUAGAGAGGCAGAGACUGGAAAGAGAACAGCAUUUCCAGAGAGAGGAACGAGAGCGGCUGGAGCGUAAAAAGCGUCUUGAGGAAAUCAUGAAAAGAACAAGGAAAUCUGAUGCUACUGACAAAAAGAAAGAAGACAAGCAAUCAUUAAAUGGAAAGGAGACAAAACAGGAGUCUGUCUCCAGCAAAGAUGAAGCUAAACCCUCGGAAGUCAUUAUGAAGAUAGAACUUCCUGAGAAGAACGUGCUUAAGUUACAGGACCGGACAACAUUGCCUGAGCAUCCCCAAGGGCUUCCCAGUACUCUAGUGAAUGGUCUACAGAACUCAAAGCAGGAAAAUGGAUUUUCUGCUAAAGAUUCAUCUCCCGCCUUUGAAGAAGUUAUAACACUUUCUGAAAUUGACUCGAAUAGUGAGAAGGGCAUUCCUCCUGGCGAACCGAUUAUUGCUUUUGGGGGCAAAGACUCUUUUCUAAAGAAGCCUACACUGCAGGCCCCUCAAGUGACAGAAGUCCUGUAACAACUUUGCUGUGUGUACCUCAGCCAAUGCUGGCUGUCAUAAAUAUGGGACAAUGUUACUGGAGGGAAGGCACUGGAGCGGAAUCCCCUCUGGACUAAUUUCCUUACUAUUUAACCAAUAGGAUUCUGUGGUUUUCACUGACCCUCCUGUCACUGCCAUUCAAGGCUGGUUAUAACGCCACUUAAAUCUACAAAAGUUACAAACACUUUUUGCCGUAAGAAAGGACUGCAAGAAAAUGUACACUAAACGUGGCUGUUGCUAGGAUAUGAUCAGUACCACAAAGUAGAACACAGACAUGUUUUAGUGUUAUAAUUUUUCGUUUAUUUUUUUUUUGUGUUUUCUUUUUAACAUGCACCUUAUAUGAAUUUAAACAAAAAAACUGACAAGUUUUAUUUCACCACAGAAAGAAGGUGGAAAAAACAUUAAAAAGUAAAAAAAAAAAAAAUAGAAAAAAAUAUAAAAUAGCCCAGCUAUGACUGAACUUGAGUGAACAAGCUUUUGGGUGUUCUUAAUUAUGUAGCUAUUUAACGAAAAAGAGAAUUGCUGGCUAUAAUACCGUAUGUGAAUUCUGUAAAUAAAACCUCACAGUGUUAAAACAA